CAAACAUUCUUACACCAAGUAGUAGUCGUGAGAUACCGCGUAACAAAGUUAAAGUUUUCUGUAAUAUGCAUCGUCCCUGCAGUGCCUAUAAAAUCAGUAUUUUAUGGCCGUCAAUGUUGAUAUAGAUCUCCUGGUACUUGAGAGGCUUUGAAUGUGUCUAAUGCGCAUGGAAGGCGUUCGUUUAGCUUUCAAAUUUGGUUCUUGGAAACCAACAAAGCAGGUCAGUGCAAUAAGUUUAAAAGGCGUCCAAUAAGCGUCCCCCGUUUUAUUGGGCGUCCCGUGAGGGCAACGCCCAAUCAUAAAAUGGAGGCCGCCUCACCUGUGCAGCAAAAAGACAAAAUGGCGGACGGAACUCUCCAGCUGGGAGUUCCGUCGCAGAAGGCUUUGCGUGUCCCAUUCCUUAUCAAUGGGGCCAAUUUCUGCAAAGAGGGGACAGGCCCGGGGGGGGGGGGGUACUGUAGGAAUUUCUGGGUGGGGAAGUGCUGCUGGGACCCUGGUAACCUUAACCUAUACCAGAGCUAGUUCAGCUAAAUUUUGCUACCCUAUACUAGAGUAAACUCCCCAAAUCCCCCCUAUCCUAGAGUAGCUGUUUCGCUAGUCUAGAUAAAAUCUUCAACCAACUGAUCAGUUUCCUUAAAAAUGAUACCCUAUUCUAGACCCAAAUGUUCUGGUUUCAUCCUAGAGUUAACUGCUUGAAAACCAUACCCUUCACAGUGGCACAUACCUAUAUAGCCCAUAUAUGGCAGUACCCCGGGGACAGGUCAUUUCAGGUCAUCUGGGGAACCGAAUUGAUUGAUUUGGAACGAGCACAAAAUCAUUGUGUGGAGUUAUUAAGCCUAUUCCUAUGCUGAAUGAUUAUCUAAAUACAGUAUUCAGCUUGUGCGGGAGCAGGAGAAACAAUGCCAUCCCACGAUCCCUAAGGGAAAAGCUUUAACCUGUUGCAAUUCUCUCCCUCCGUGUGGAUCGAAAGUAAACAGAAGAAGGAAUAUACUAUUUGUAUUUGUAUUCACGUGGAUAGUUUGAAGGGCUUUGGAAUUAUUUUUAACUGGGACAUUUCCACAACUCACCCCCUUCCCUAGUCUGUGUACAGACCCUCCCCCUCCCCUUAGAUUUUUCCUGGGGGGAGGGGGAGGGGUCUGUACACAGGCUACCCCUUACCCCAUUCCUCUUCCACCAAUUAUAAAGGCAUAUGACAGUAUUAGCGUGACUAAUCUGAUCUAACCGGAAAUUCCAAAAAUUAUUAUCAUUCUAUGCUUACAGAAUUUGACAGGGUCAGUUUUGGUGGUUUUUUAACAGUAAUUUCUGUUCUUUAAAUCUCGCAAAGCAAAUUAAGUUUCAGUUUUCUGUCCCAUAUUGCAUUCGAUUGCUUGUCGCUUUAAAAGGCUAUCUCUAUCCCACUCCACGGCUUCCCAAUGAACUCCCACUAUGGGGGUCUUGUUUAAUUUUACGAAUUUAGCAAAUGUUUUGAAAUUGAUAUUAUUGGCUAUCAUUGCAUGAUUCCUAUUACCUUAAUUUCCGUAUGCAUGAUUCUAUGUUACUUUAAUAUACAGAACAAAACUGUAAUUUUCCAACAGCACUCACAUUCUCUAGGAGAGGAAGGAGUUUGGGCAACAUAAUGACAUUACGGAAUCGCGCCUGUAGAUACGCGUCGCUAGUAAAUGCAAAUUUUUCUGUCAAUCAAAUGUGUCCUAUUAUUUGUAGGUGGAAAUUGGUAAAACAUCGUUAUUGUUUUGGAGACAAUAGAAGAACAAAAGAUAACAGAAAGAUCAAGUUAUGCGGUCUUAAAGCGUGUUGCGUGACUUAAAUCAGUUGGAGCAUUUCUCCUAGCUUUCUCGCAUUAAAACGUUGGAAUGAAAAGUCUCAAGCUUAGCUUUUAAAAUCUUGAUAGCCAAAAUAAAAGGGGUGCCCCAAAAGGCAAGCAUUUGGGAAUUCAAAAUCUAUAUUUUUGUCUCCAGCGAAAUCCGGCGGAUGAACAAUAAUUUGCAUAUAAGCGUAAGUGAAGCGAAAUAGAUACAAAUUGCCGUGAUUGUAAACACAACGUUUCCUUCGCAUGAAAGAGCUCAGCUUGCACAAAAUAAUAUAAAAUGAAACGAAUCAAAUCGAAAAGUGGUAAAAAAAAGUCAGGAUAUUUCAAUUCGAUGGAAAGUAAGUGAUUGGGUAGGUGAUUUGCAUACUGAUAAAAAUAACUUCAGCGCAGUUCAAAACCGUUCGGCUUCCUGAAUUGUUUUCCUGGAAUUCUAUACAUUCUGCUGGCCUAAAUCGUUAAAAUAUGUUAUGAAGUCAAAAUAUUUAUCAAGUUGAGCCUUUGCAUUUCCUUAUAAAACAGAGAGUAGCGCGAAAGCUUCGAUGUAUAGAUUUUCUUAAGUUAAAUUACCUUUGUAUCGUGGAAACAAUACCCUAACACUUGAGUCUUGAAUCAAAGGACGCGACAUGAGUCGGCUCCCUUUGUGAGCGCGCAAAUAGUCAUGGGACCCGCGAUUUUGCGGGCGACACGUAUCUACAGGCGCCGUUCCGUAAUGAAGAGUUUCCUGAGUUCUGAGUAGUGUAUGACAUUUUGCAGACCGCAGACCACAAACUGUACAAAUGUAAAUAAUUGAAUGACACCAAAAAUAUUGAGAUAAAGGUGGUGUCAUCAACAACAUUAUCUCAUUCCCCAGCUUCUAACAAAGUGAGAAAGUUUGAUAUUUUCCACGUAAAUUACAUCUGCUCAUUCCCAAAGAAGCUGUUGGCUUGUGUUCUUCUCGUAUUGAAAGAGCUGAAGAAUGUCUGCCGAUGUCACGAGCUCACUCAUGAAUCCAUAGCAACAGCCUAGUAAUAAUAUUGCUAUUAGCCUGCACCACAGACAAAACUAAACUCUGGUUAAGUCUGUCUGAGAAACAGCACCAAGAUCCUUGUCCUAGGCCCCCACCUAUGUACCAGGAUUUGAGCAUGUGCAAUGAUUGGCCUGUUAUAGCCAAAUUCGUUGUAUCGGUGAUGGUUAAGGGUACAAAUUAAUGGUUUGAUUGAAUGAUUGAUUAACUGUUUGAUUGAUUGGUCAGGAGAUUAUAUGAUAAGUUGGUCAGUUGAUUGAUUGGGUAGUUUGUUUGUUGUUUUCCAGGAUGAUUGAUUUAUUGAUUGGCUUACUGAAUACAGUAAAAAUAUCUGUUUUGUUCAAGGAAUGGCUUCUUGGAAUAUCCUGUGUUCAGUCAGAAGAAAAACAGAGGAUCAUGAGAUUUGUAUUCAAGAAAGAUGCUAAAUCUGCUCUGGCAAGUACAAAUGCAUAUAACUUAUACCUCCUCCAAGCCAUACCGCCUUUCUUGUCAGUCUCUACUGUCUAACUUGUCACUUUAUCUUUUAGAUUGGAAGGCUGUUGAUACGGAAAGUCUUAAGUGAACAUCUAAGGAUUCCCUAUAAUGAAGUUUUACUAAAACGGACAGAAAAAGGAAAACCUUAUUUGGUAAGGAGUUUGUCCAAAACUGGGAUUGUUGAGUUAUUAAACAUCGUAAUGUACACCAAUUACAUGCCUAGCAUUCAUGUGAUCAUACUCUCUAUGGCCCAUGCGCUCUUGUAAUGGCAGCUCACCAUUAAACUGAUGUUGUCGUGUUCGAUCCUUGUCAUGUUCCAUAUUCUCUACCUUAACUAAUCAACAGGGAUCAGGGUUUGGAAAAAAGGGGUAUGCUGUGAAAAAUAAAUUAUGGCUCCUUGACUUAUACAUACUUUUAAAGGCUUUUGGGCUGGCUCAAUAAGGCUUUGGCUUAAACCCUGGGUUAGGGGCUGGGGGGAUGUUUUGAGCACACCAAUAUUUCUGAUUGACAAGUCAAUCAUAUCAUUAAAACUAAAAUUGACUCUUUAAGAGUCAGUUCAGAAAUCUUGUGUCUUUACCUGUGAGGGGUUGAAAAAAAUUAAACAAUGUAUACAAGGUGAGUUUCUGUCUUAAAGGGGUGUUUCAAUUUUCUUAAUGAGUAUCAUCUUGGAGGAACUUCGUCAUCCAUUUGCUUUUUUUCUCACAGGCUAACAUCAGUGAACCAUCUGUGAAAAAUUUUAACUUUAACAUAUCACAUCAGGUACUCCUUUCUCCAUAUAAUAAAAUUAACAAAUAACAAUAAAUUCACCAAAGUGGAGGUAGGUAGUGGUGGCUAUUUUCAGAGACGCGAAGCAGCAAGGUAAAUAACCACCACUAGCCACUGACACUGAGGUGAAUAAUUGUUUUAGUAUGUACUAAAACAGUGAGAUAAUUGAACACAAUAUUUAAAGGAUGAUUUUUAACUCAUUUGCUGUUGCCAACUAUUACAAUUUUCGUGCACAAUUUUGGUCAAUGUUUCUUGCUAACAAAUAAAAUUUUUGAAGGCAUUUGUUUAGCUCUUGCGGGGAAAUUUCUUCAAAAGGAGUUGUGAAUUCUUUUUGUAUUUAAAAUCAUUCUGUAAAAAAGAUCAUUAUAUUUAGCUUUAAGCUUAUUUAUGAACAAGUCAACUAAAUAAAGUAAUGCAAGACUUAAGCUUAAUUUGCAUUUGUAAACAAAAAACUUUUUCACCGGUUUCAUCAAUAAAUUCAAGUCAAAAGGACAAUUACCUGUUAAAACUUCCAAACUGAACUUCGUCACCUUUGUGUAUUUCAGGAAGAGCUUGCUUGAUUAUUUGUGAAAUUUCUUUGUUUGUUACGGCAGCAAACUGGGAAGGCAUUUUGCAUGCAACUUAGUGAGUUUGGUGUCGCUCGCUCAGAGGAACUGGAGGUGAAUCAGUGAAUAGUGCAGGAUAUUCACUGAUUGAGUAGCCAAUCGCAGCACGUGAAAAACACAAUCCACCGUUUUAGUAUAUACUUAAAAAUAAUAUUAUUAACCUUUAGUUUUUGGUUUUUUUUUAACAAAUGUAACAUAUUGAAUUUCUAUGUAUUUCUAUUUGUUUUAACUUGCUGUUGUAAAAAUGUGUAAAUGAAACCUCAAACUGUAACAUUUGGAUAUCUAAAAUCACCAAGUUACAUCUCUGACCUUUUUUGCCAGGGAGACUACACAGUUUUAGCUGCAGAGCCCAAAACUAAAGGUGAAGCUACAUUAACAUCUACAUUGCAGAAUUUAAACUUUGAUUUGCACAAAAUGGGAAAUAUUUAAACUUACAGAAUGCAUAGUGAUUGAAAUGCAUGAAGAGAAAAAACCUAGGAAAACAUAAUCAUGUUCUCCUUUAGAAAUGCUCAUGCCUAAAGGUUCGGUCUAGUUAGCUCCCCUGUAAUACCGCUUCCCUAAUGAAAAAACCACAGUUUAAGGUGACUACUUCUCCCAGCCCCUCCCCCUUCCUUUGUCCUCUUUGAAGACCUAGUAAGGAACACCUGGAAUCAAGGUGGUGUGAACAGCCAUUUUAUUCAUACCUUCAUUACCAUGAUUUUAAAAUUAGGUCAUGCUAAUCUGUAUAAACCCUUAUCCUUGUACCCUGAUGCUACUAUAAAAGUUAUUUUACACCUUGGUUGACUGCAGGUUCAUCAGAUCUUGUGUCUUCUAGGGGGUUUUGGUCAACAUAUCGACAGUCAACCAAGUGUCGUUGACAUGUCAGUGAUCUGUCGGCAGAAACAACUGACUAUCAGCAGACUAUCUACCAAUAGGUUAUAGGGGCUGACCUCUGGCCACAUGUUGACCAAUACUUCACUAAUACUUGACCGACAAUCAACCAACACUCAACUGCUACUUACACACCCACACUUUACACAACUCAACUGACACUCAUCUAAAACUUGACCUACACUCAACUGAUUAUCGACUGAUAAUAGACCUAUACUCGACUGAUACUCAACCAAUACUAGGCUGAUACUCAACCGAUACUCAAGGGAUAUUUAACCAAUAUUUGACUGACACUCAACCGAUACUUGGCUGAUACUUAACUGACAUUCUACCGACACUUGAUCGACACUCAAUUGAUCCUUGACCCAUACUCAACUGAUACUCGACAUAUAUUCAAUGGAUACUCCACCGAUAUUCUAUCGACACUCAAGUAACACUCAACCGGCACUCAACCAACACUCGACCGAUACUCAACCGGCACUUGACAGACACUCGACUGAUACUCGACCAAUACUCAGCUGAUACUCCACUGAUACUCCACCGACACUCGACCAACACUCAACUGAUACAUGACUAAUACUUGACCAAUACUCCACCAAUACCGGAUGGAUACUCAAAUGACACUUAACUGACACUCAACCGACACUUGCCUGAUACUCAAACAAUACUGGAACAACACUUGACUGAUAUUCAACCAAUAAUCGACUGAUACUUUACCGAUACUUGCCUGAUGCUUGCCCAACACUCAAACAAGACUUGAUCAAUAUAUUGACCAACAUGUUGACUUCAACUGAUAUGUCGGCCGAUACAAUGGUGGACACCUCCUAUAAGACUCAAGAUCCAGUACAUCUUUGCUAUAGAUUGCAAGUGACUAAUUUGCAAGUAUUGUACAAAACUGUUGCUCCUUUAAUGAUGACUGUUAUUGUUGUCUUUUUUAUUAGUGGGUGUAGAUAUCAUGAAAACUGUUUACCCAAGUAAGUGCCAGUGUUGUGACGAUGUAGAAACUUUUCACAUUUAAUAAUCAGUAUUGUUUCAGACAAAGCAAAACAACGGAAAAUUUGAAAAACCCUGUACCUAUUAUUGUGAGUCAUUUUAGUCAUGUUAAUCAGUAUGUUUCUUUUAUUCUCUUUGGAAUUGCUUUCUUAACACUGUGGACAGUAAACAAGACAGUGGAUAGGAUUGCAAAAAUGAGAAAUGUUUAAUUUAGACUGUAGCUUUGUUACAUCUGUAUUUUGCUGGAGCAAUUUACAGCCCCUGGUGUGUUUAACAAACAACUUUCACAGUAAUUAAACAGAACCUUUUGUUUUGUUGCAACCGACAGGUUCUGCAACAGUUGCUGGGUUUUUUCAAACCAUGCGUAAACAGUUCACUGCGCAUGAAUGGCAAACAAUCAAAUCUCAGGAAUCUGAAUGGAAACAACUUGAGAUGUUCUACAGACACUGGGUAAUACGAAAUGCGACAACUUUUGACCCUGCCAAAACAUCAGUGUUACUAUAUUGUUAUGCCUUUGGUUCUUUUUCAGUGCCUGAAGGAGAGUUAUGUAAAGGCAACUGGAACUGGUAUAGGGCAUGAUCUACAGUCUGUUGAAUUCAACAUAAAAACUAAUGAAUUAUCUCCCCAGGUAGGCGAAUUGAUAUCAGCUAUACUAUCCUAAUCUUGUGGAUCAUCACUGCGUUAAUUAGCCGUUUUUGUUGUUGUGGUAAUAUAAGGUAAAAAGGUAAAGGCACACACGAGCCAAAGGCCCAAACGGCCAGAGCUUAUUCUUGUUCCCUUAGCAUGUAGAAUGCCUACAAGUUUUGCUAAUCCCGCUGGAUGGGAUGCUAUUCCAUCACGUUACCCCUCGCAGUAUGUCGCCAGUACCCAUUUAUACACCUGGGUGAAGAGAGACAAAGUGCAGUAAAGUUCCUUGUCUAAGGAAACAAUGCGAAGGACGAGGUUUGAACCCCGGACCUCCAGAUCCGGAGUUCGAGGUGUUAACCGCUCGACCACGCACGCCCUCACGUUGUGGUAAUAAGAUUGACCAUAAAAACACACGUUUCAGGGACACGCACGUACGCAUGUAAGUACCGGAAAGAAUGUCAAAGGUUAAUAAAAAAGAAACAAAAGAAAUGUAAAUUAAAAACAGAGGAAAAUAAAUAAUGGCCGGAUGAGGGGAGCUACGUGCAGUUGUGUUAAUAAACUAGAGCACAUAAUCCGUUUUUAGCAAUUCUUUGUUUCAGAAGAUAACAACAAUAACCUUACUAAUGAUUCCUCACGUAUACCUAAUAUCUUAAAUAAACAUUUUUCAAAUGUUGGCAACAUCUUAGCAAGCAAAUUACCACCGGCAGAGCACCCCUUCACAGAGUACCUAAGAAAGUCAAAUUCGCCAAAAAUUUCGUUUUUCUUCAAACCUGUGACUCUAUCUGAAGUUAAAAUUCAAAUUUUAUCUAUACCAAAAAGCAAAUCGCAUGAAUUAUACUCCUGUCCUACUCAACUUCUUAAAUACUCAUGCGACGUCAUAUCUCCAGUUCUUUCAGACAUUCUCAAUACAUCUGUCUCUCUUGGGGCCUACCUGGCAAAAAAACUAAAAUGUCAAAAAUUAUACCUAUCUUAAAAGCUGACGACGAGACCGACACUUGUAAUUAUAGGCGAAUUUCGUUAUUAUCAAAUUUCAAUAGAAUCUUCGAAAAAAUUACGUACGAUAGAAUGAAAGACUUAAUUGAAAAGCACAGCCCAUUAUAUUCGUCUCAAUAUCGUUUUCGUCAAGGUCACUCAACCUAACAUGUUAUUCUUGAUAUGGUAGAAACUACACAAACCAAUAUGGACAAAAUACUCUUUUUAUGUGGAGUUUUUAUUGACUUAAAAAAAGCCUUUGACACUGAAUAUAUCACUUGAUAAACUAAAUUAUCAUGGCUUCCGUGGAAUUGUCAAUCAAUGGUUUUCCUCUUAUCUAUCAAAUCGCACACAAACUACUGAAAUUGGCUCUCACAUAUCUACUAAACGAAAUAUCAAAUGGGGCGUACCCCAAGGAUCUGUCCUAGGUCCACUUCUCUUUUUGCUUUAUAUAAAUGACAUGCAAUAUUGUUCGAGCAAACUCCAAUUUUUCCUUUUUGCUGACGACCCUAACGCUCUUUAUCCUCAAAAAGAUUUAAAGGACACUGAAAACUUACAGUAAAUGCAGAAUUACAUAGCUUGUAUAACUGGCUGACUUCAAAGAAGCUUUCUUUGAAUGUUAAAAAAUCAAACUAUGUAAUUUUUCGUCCAUACCAAAAAAAACUAAACUAUGAUCCCCAGGUUAAUGUUUUUGACAAUGAAAGCAAUAAAAAGGUUACCCUUGAACGUAAAAACUUUGUUAAAUAUCUUGGGCGUUAAUCGAUGAAAAUCUAUCAUGGAAGACCCAUAUUGGGCUAAUUGCGCGAUUAAGACAUAUUUUUCCCUCUUGCACCCUCCUAAAUAUUUAUCAGUCACUAAUUGCACCUUAUCUAACUUACGCUCUUAUCUCUUGGGACAACGCCUGUAAAACUUUCCUUGACCAAAUGCUUGUCUUUGAAAAACGCGCACUGCGUUUAAUUUGCUGAAACAAACGACCACGCAUGCCCAAUACCUUUUUUGGUGAAUGCAAAAAUUCUAACCUUACAGUCUCUAUAUUGUGAAUCCGUUUGUAAUCUUACGUAUGAUGUAAAUAAAAACACUGCUCCGGAUAAUAUUUUGAAACUCUUCUCUCGUUUCUAGUGUUCAUACUUACAACACACGUGCCUCAACCUCUGAACAUUUUUAUACUAAAGAAUCUCGAGUAGACGUCAAACGAAAUGCUUUCUCGCGUGUUGGGUCAAAAUUGGGAACGAGAUACCUCAAACUGAAGACUCCUACAAUCAAUGUAGAUACGAUUAUUGUGAAAAUGAAAAAGUAAUUCUCUUGUCCUUUAUUUUCAUUAUAUUUCAUUUUUAUAAUUCACUCAUAAAUUUUCCUUGUAUUUAAGUAGAAUGGAAUUUAUUGUAAAAUAUAUACUUAUAUAACGUCUAAUUUCUUUAUAUUUAUCCAGUUUGUAGUACAUUAUGUAGCGUGGCCUGCCUCGAAUAGCCUCGCUAACUGCAGGCCAGUCCCAAUGUAUUUUUGUAACAGGAGUCUAACCCGACCUCUUCUGAUCUCAGAUUUCUUUUUUUCUUGUUGCCUGUGGUACUGACUAAUAAAACAUUAGGGCCAUUUAUACGAGGAAAAAUAAGACGCGUCUUACAUAAGACGCGUCUUAAAUAAGACGCGAACUGUACCAUUUAUACGAACAAGUCUUAUCUGAUAAGACGCGUCUUAGCUAAGCCGCGUCUUAUUUUAGACGAAAUGUGCCGUUUAUACGGAAAGUUCGCGUCUUAUUUAUUUUUCCUCGUAUAAAUGGCCCUAUUGUGCUCAACGAGAAAUUUCUGUUUGAUUACUUAAAUCAGUGGCCAUGCAUUGGGAUCCGGACUGAGUCAUUUGGCGGAUUACCUUUUUUGAACAAUUAGAAGAACCGCCUUGUAUAGCGACGUGAUAGACGGUUGGAAAUAAAAGUACUAAUUCUUACUAGCUUUUCAUGAACGUACAUAUCUUGGAAUCUUUAAAAACGUGUGUCAAAGCUUGAAUGCUUGUAAAUAGUAGAUCUUUCUAAGUUUGUACUACUCCUUAUUUAUUAAAACAAUAUGCUUGCUAGUAGACAAUAUCAAAUACUAGAGUCGCUAAAGAAAGUGUAUUUUUAGGAUAGUGUGGUGACUAGAAUGUUAGGCUGAUGUCAAGAUUUACUUUUUAGACCGUGACAUGCGAUACGCAAUUUUUCUUGGAUGAAUUAGAGAUGGAUGGUUGGCGAUUUGAGGAGACAAAAAUGGACAAUUUGGUAACAUAAACGUCCUUGUUGUUUGAGCCUCGUCUUUUCUUAUUUGGCAAGAUUACCGCGUUUCUUUCAUGUAGUAACAUAAGUUCUCCUCUUUUCACUGUUUAUUUAGCAUCAAAUUGCUGUCGCUCUCGGUCCUUCGCAGAAUCUCGGUGAAGACAGAAGGUAUUUUUUUGGUGACAAAAGAUUAUUUGUAGUCAGUACAUUCAGACUGUAAGGCUGAUGCGACAGUGGAAAAAGACAGGGCAUGUUAAAGCAGAUUGGUUAUUUGCAGGCAAGCGUGAGGUUUAAAUGGCUGGUUAUUGACCAAGUUCUUUUUUGCGUCUUUAUGGACCGAGAAGAAGAGGUCAAUAAAAACGGAGCCCAAUAUCUAGCCAUCUUGACAGAACAAUUCUUCCGGGACCAACGCGGGAAAUCCCGGCGAGCAGGCAAUAGACCCAUCUUGUCCACUCGGGUAGCCAAUCAGAACACAUUAUUUGCUUUAUCCUAUUUUUUCUCAUUAUGUUAUUUUUUCCUUUACAGGUCAUGUUUUUCCAAAUUUACGGAACUUCAGUUCGCCGAUAUCGUAUCAUCUGCCAUUCCUCUUUUCCCGGAAGAACAAUCCGACUGGGCUGCGUUUGAAUCAAAAAGAGAAAGAGUUGAAUAAAGAACUCCGUCUCUGUCAGGGAACGAAAUACGGAACAUGGAACUGCACAGAUAUAAGAUCAUUCGUGCCAAGACAUGCAUCCGUUGGGGAAAGUAUGGGUCCAUCUUACAAUUUACUCCCAUCUUUACCUCAUCAGACAGAGGUUACUUAGCGAUAACAGAUCUUUGUACAAUGCGUUUUGUGAGAGCAAUUUUAAUUGUUAAAAUAUCAUUAAAGCCGGUUCAAAUUGUUAACAUUCGUACUUCCGCUAAGGUACGGACAAUACCGCGAUUUUUAACCCCCUCUCAUGACUUCACUGUAAAGUUCUUAGAGCAAGUGGGCCCCGGGGAGAAUUUCAUAAUAAAUCACUAUCGCCUAUCUUAUAUUCUUAACCAACAGACGCAAUCAAAGUUGGAUUUAUCCGUGUAUUUUGUGAGUUAUGGACCUUUACGCUUUG